AUGCAACGCCUCGCGCGCGGCGCCUCGUUCGCCCUGCGCGCGCGUCCAUCGCGCGCGCAAACGCGACGUUUCGUAACCUCCGCCGCCGCCACCGCGCCGAGAAAACCGUCGACGAGCGGUCGUGGACGCCCCGACGGCGGCCGUCGCGCGCAGUCCUCGAGCGCGGACGUUGUGCAGCGCCAGCGACGGAACUUUGACGGCGAACAGAGCGCGAAUCUGGAGGACGCGCGGCGGAGCGCGCUGACGCGCGUGGUGGUGGCUCGAGGCAAGGCGAACAUGUUCUUGGACGGUAAUCCUAUCGUCUACGCGGGCGCGAUCGAACGCGUGGAGGGCGAAGCGCGAACGGGCGAUUGGGUGCAAGUCACCGAUCACGCGCUCUCGCCGAUAUGCUACGGAUUUUAUAACGAGACUAGCUCGUAUUCGGUGCGGGCGCUGAGCCAGGCGUGGGAGCGAGGAUGCGAAGACGGCGACGGCGUCGUGGCGCAGAGGAUACGCGAAGCGUACGAGUUGAGACGGGAUUUAGGGUUAGUCGGGAACGAACGAACGACGUGUUACAGGCUGCUGAACUCGGAGGGGGAUAAGAUUUCUGGGUUAAACGCGGACGUGUACGGCGAAAUCGUCGUGGCGAGCUCCACGGCGGCGUGGGUGGAGCAGAGACGAGACGUCAUCUUGCGCGCGUUCGCGGACGUUUUGGGGGCGAACACGAAGGUGGUGUGGCGACGAGACGAGAAAAUGUACGAAGUCGAGGGAACGCCCUGGGAAGGGGAAAACUUGAUUGAUUAUUACGACGCCGCGACGGGCGCCAAAGUCGGAGAAGCGGUGCCGAGCGACGUGAAGGUGCUCGAAGACGGCGUGCAAUACGCGAUCGACAUCGCCGGUGGUCACAAGACAGGAUUCUACGUCGAUCAACGAGAUAAUCGCAAGGUGAUGCGCGAGAUCGCGCGCGGAAAACGCGUUUUGGACGUUUGCUGUUACACCGGUGGCUUCGCGCUGAACGCGGCGCUCGGAGGCGCCUCGGACGUCGUCGCCGUCGACAGCUCCGAGUCCGCGCUCGACAUGGCGAAAAAGAACGCCGAGUUAAACGGUCUUCAGGACAAAGUCAACUUUGUUCGCGCAGACGCGUUCGAUUUCAUGCAAGCCGAGAUCGACGCCGGCCGCGCCGGAUCGUACGACGUCGUAGUUUUGGACCCGCCCAAGUUCGCGCCGACCAAGCCCGCGCUCAAAAAAGCCAUCCCGAAGUACGUCGGGUUGAACAAGCGCGCGAUGACCUUGCUUCGUCCGGGCGGUAUUUUAAUCACCUGCUCGUGUUCGGGCGCGGUGACGCAAGAGCGGUUGCUUCCCAAAAUCGUCGAAAACGCCUCGCGCGCCAGCGGCGUCUCCGCCACGAUGCUCUCCAUCCGCGGCGCCGGGUGCGAUCAGCCCAUCGACCCCGCGUACGCGUUCGGCGAGUAUUUAUCCGUCGUCACAGCGCGCAUCGCGUGA